CUGCAGAGAUGCCUUUGUUUAUAGUGGAGAUGAGCUGCAGCCUGAUUGGCUGGCUCUUUCUGUACCUGUUGCUGUGUCACUUGAACAGUGGGAGGGACUCUGAGUGGAACUGCAGGCUGGUCACUCUGCUUCAUGGCAUCCUGAUCAUUUGUCUGACUGCAUACAUUGGUUUUAUUGCUGGGCCAUGGCCUUUCACACACCCAGGCACAGAAAACACAUACCUCCAGAUCUUGACUCUAGUUCUCAGCCUGGGAUACUUCCUCUUUGACAUGGCCUGGUGUGUGUAUUUCCGUACAGAGGGUCCGGUGAUGUUGGCCCACCACACCAUGAGCAUCUUUGGAAUCCUGCUGGCACUGGGACUGGAUGAGUCAGGCAUCGAGACCUGCGCCGUCCUCUUUGGCAGUGAGAUCACCAACCCACUCCUGCAGGCGCGCUGGUUCCUCAAGCGCAUGGGCCGCUAUGACAGUUUAGCUGGAGAUGUGGUGGACCUACUCUUCAUUCUUCUGUUUGCCUCAGUGAGGAUCGGCGUUGGGAGCAGAAUGCUGUACUGCGAAUUAACUUCUCCAAAGCCAUCGCUCAUAGUCAAAGUUGGUGGGGUGGCAAUUUACACUCUCUCAUGGAUCUUCAUGGUAGACAUUGCACGGUUUGCUUGCAGGAAAACUUGUGGUAAAUACAGACGAUGGAAGGAGCAGUACAAGCUGGAUGAUGUUAACGGACAUGCUGUUAAAAUAAAAUAA